AUGUCUGCCCUCCUCCGUCCUACAGUACUGGCCUCCCGUCGGCUGGCUCUCCCAGCGGCAUCCCGUACACUCGCUUCCAGGGCUACCAAAUCCAAGAAGACUCCCGCCCAUCCUCCCUCUGCUCCACCGACACCCGCUAAGGGCGGCCCACCGGCUGUAGCAGCAGAGCCUCCAACCGACGCUACCACCUCCGCCUACUCCCCCUCCCAUACCGUCAUUCCCGAAGAACACAUCCCAGCAGACGUCAUCCCAGCCGGCGCCGUCUCCGGUGCCCCAUUAGACCUCCAAUCCCGUACAGUACGCAUCUACAAGCCCACAAAAAAUGCCAUGCAAAGCUCCAAUCACAGAGGAGGACUCUGGAGGAUGGACUGGGACGUUAUGGCCAAGGGACACAGAUGGGAGAAUCCAUUGAUGGGAUGGCAGAGUUCGGCAGAUUAUUUGCAGGGUACCAAUUUGAAAUUCAGGACGAAGGAGGACGCUAUCUAUUUUGCAGAGAAGCAGGGAUAUGACUACUCUGUCCAGGAGCCAAAAGAGAGGGUUAUUGUGUCCAAGGCCUACGCCUCGAACUUCGCAUGGAGCGACAAGAAAUUAAAGAAAAUUCACACCAAAUAA